AGUGAGUUGAAUUUUGACAGAUCAAACGCACGCUAUUUCCUUUGAAUUGUCAAUUUCUUGUCAUUUCUUGUUUUUACUUGCACUGUAUCGCAUUGUCGCUGUAAACACGAGGAAUUUUACUUUUUUCUAACAAUUUAAAAUGUCGAUACGCGAGAAACUGUUGAUGCAGAAGAUCAAAAAGCGCGAACGCAUAAAGAAGCAAUUGACACAGAAAAAGAACCAAUCGUUCGAGAUAACACCGGAAACACCGCCAAAAGGGAAACAGUCAAAUGGUUUUGCCCAGAAGAAUGGAAAAGUGAUUGUGCCGCAGAAGAGGAAAAAUGUGGAGCCGGUGAAACCAAUCAACCAAAAGAAAUUCAAAAAGAUUCCGGAACCAGUUCAGAGCUCGGAGGACGAAGAAGAGUCCGAAGAUGAGGAAUCUGAAGCCGCUGGGUCUGAUGAUGGGGAAGAUGAUAGCAGUAUUGAUGCAGAAGAUGCAGAACAAUCACUCGAAGCAGAUGAAAGUGACGAAGAUAGUGAGGCAGUGAGCGAUGAAGAAGGGUCCGAUGCCGAAGAAGAUGAGGGCGAGAGCAAUGAAAAUGAGGUCGAUAGCGAUGAUGACAGCGAUGUUGACGAAGAAGUGGAAGGUGAUGAACAAGACGAUGAAGAGGAUGAUGAUAGUGAUGCGGAAAAUUCCGAUGAUAGCGAUGACAAUGUCGCGGAAGAAAAUAGUAUCGUUCUUCCCACACCAACAACCUCAAAGAAAGCUAAAGCGAAUAGUAAGGCAGACAAAGAAGAAGUAAAUGAAGUCAAACAGAAGAAGCAAAAGAAGAAUUCUCAGAACAAUGAACCAUCCGAAAGUGACAGCCGUGAGUUUUCAUCACUUGAAGGCAAAGUAUCCAGCGAAACGUUAAAGGCAAUUGAAGACAUGGGCUUCACGACAAUGACCGAAAUUCAGGCUAAAUCAAUUCCGCCACUGCUUGAAGGACGCGAUUUGGUUGGCGCUGCCCAAACUGGCUCCGGCAAGACAUUGUCUUUCCUGAUACCGGCCAUCGAGUUAAUCAACAAGCUCCGAUUUAUGCCUCGCAACGGUACUGGCGUUUUGAUUAUAUCCCCAACGAGAGAAUUGAGUAUGCAAACGUUUGGCGUUCUAAAGGAGCUGAUGGCGCAUCAUCAUCAUACAUACGGUCUAGUGAUGGGCGGUGCAAAUCGGAGUGUCGAAGCAACAAAAUUAGCAAAGGGAAUAAAUAUUUUGGUAGCAACACCGGGUCGUUUAUUGGAUCACUUGCAGAACUCGCCUGACUUCCUGUACAAGAAUCUUCAGUGCCUAAUCAUUGACGAAGUUGACAGAAUUCUUGAAAUUGGUUUUGAAGAGGAGCUCAAGCAAAUUGUUAACCUACUGCCAAAACGCCGUCAAACAAUGCUUUUCUCUGCUACGCAAACGCAAAAAAUUGACGCCCUCACGAAACUUGCACUGAAGAAAGAACCGAUUUACGUUGGAGUCGAUGAUAACAAAGAAACAGCAACGGUAUCUGGGCUAGAGCAAGGCUAUAUCGUCUGUCCAUCCGAGAAGCGGCUUCUUAUACUGUUUACUUUCCUGAAAAAGAACAGAAAGAAGAAGGUCAUGGUGUUUUUCUCGUCAUGUAUGUCUGUUAAAUAUCAUCACGAACUGUUCAAUUUCAUUGACCUGCCCGUCACAUCAAUUCAUGGAAAACAAAAACAGGCGAAACGAACCACAACAUUCUUCCAAUUUUGUAACGCCGAAUCCGGUACACUUCUGUGUACGGAUGUUGCUGCAAGAGGUUUAGAUAUUCCGUCAGUUGAUUGGAUUGUACAAUUCGAUCCACCAGAUGAUCCUAAGGAAUACAUUCAUCGAGUCGGACGUACGGCCAGAGGUGAAGGUAGUUCGGGCCAUGCACUUUUGAUCUUGCGACCUGAAGAAGUGGGAUUUUUAAGAUAUUUGAAGCAGGCGAAGGUGCCGUUGAAUGAAUUCGAAUUUUCGUGGAGUAAAAUAGCUGACAUUCAAUUGCAGUUGGAAAAGCUGAUCGCAAAGAAUUACUUCCUACAUCAAUCAGCCAGAGAAGCAUUUAAAGCGUACGUGCGUGCCUACGAUUCGCAUCAAUUGAAAACCAUUUUCGACAUACAGACAUUGGAUUUGGUGAAGGUAGCAUUAAGUUUUGGAUUCACCGUACCGCCAGUUGUCGACUUAAAAUUAGGACACAAAGCUCGAGGACGACCGGAAAAGCGAGUGGGCGGCGGUGGUUACGGAAACAAUCGCCAUAUGCCAAACGAUGUGCAGAAGGCAAGAAAAUUCAAACAAGUGAAUCGACAAGAUUUGAAGAAAACAAACUUUACAAGAUAAUUGGAUGGGAUUGUAAUAAUGGUGUGCAGGUUGCGCAUCGCAUACAUUCGGUAUUUUUGUAUGUAAUUGAAAUUUUGAAAAUGAAAAAUAAAAUCUGUUUAUAAACAAA